AUGGGUGUAUCAUAUCCUGAAAAUCCGCUCAAGGAAGACGGCGCUGAGGUUGUCGUUCCUCCCUCAUCAACGGGUGGGAUGUUCGAACGGUUAUGGGAACUGAUUCCCCGGGGCGGCAGCAAGAAUUUAGCAUCCGAAGCGACGAGUUGUCACCUUCCCGAGACAACGUCUACCAGACGGCAAGCAUCAGUCGCAGAGCACUCGCUCGAAAGAGAUGAACACCUUUCCGAACACCUGCCUGAAUUUCCCAGCCGACACGAUGAUCAAAGCAAACCAUCUCCUCCACAGGAAACCGUCCUAUACCUGGCCUACGGCUCAAACUUGGCUUCGAAAACAUUCCUAGGCAUGCGUGGCAUUCGGCCCCUCUCUCAGAUCAACGUCAUUGUUCCCGAAUUACGAUUAACCUUCGAUCUUCCUGGACUGCCAUACAUCGAGCCUUGCUUCGCAGCGAGUCAAUUCCGCGAUGCCUCAUGCAAGGGAACGGAUACAGAUCAUAUCAUAGAUAAUGAAUUGGAAGGCGAUCUGGCAUCGGAAAAAACAGUGCUCAUUUCCCAACGAGAGCACGAUUAUCUACCCGACGAUCCUCUCGUCGGUGUUGUGUAUGAGGUCACCCUUACCGAUUAUGCUCGCAUUAUAGCGACAGAAGGAGGUGGGAAUGGAUACAAGGACAUCGUUAUAGAUUGCUAUCCAUUUUCCGAAUCUUACGACCCAACCCAGCCCAUUCCAGACUGUCCAGAAUCAAAACCGUUCAAAGCACAUACCCUUCUCGCACCUGUCACGAACCUAGACGAGAUAUCUCGGCGCGCUUAUGCGCAGCGAACACACUCAUUUGUCCCUCGAUCCGGGCCCGCUGUGCGGAAGCUGGGUACUCCCAGCCAUCCGCUCGCUACCUCAACUUGA